CAUGCCUUAAUCCAGCCACUAUACCCUGCUAUUGAGGUGGGCGCCAUUACUGAGAGUUUGUCACGUGACACAGAGACAGAAGACUCUGCUAUGGAUCAGUGUGAGGACACCAAGGACGGACCCCUGAAAACCGGCUUGUGUGGGGACCCUGAGCUCCAGAUCAAAGCUCAGAGUGUCCAUCGGAGUCCAGACCUGUCUGGACCUGAACCCAGCUGUGUGUCCCUGAAGAGUGAUGACUCAAGAGACAUAUGGACUAAUUUUAAACAGAGUGUCCAUCGGAGUCCAGACUCGUCUGGACCUGAACCCAGCUGUGUGUCCCUGAAGAGUGAUGACUCAAGAGACAUAUGGACUAAUUUUAAACAGAGUGUCCAUCGGAGUCCAGACUCGUCUGGACCUGAACCCAGCUGUGUGUCCCUGAAGAGUGAUGACUCAAGAGACAUAUGGACUCAUUUUAAACAGAGUGUCCAUCGGAGUCCAGACUCGUCUGGACCUGAACCCAGCUGUGUGUCCCUGAAGAGUGAUGACUCAAGAGACAUAUGGACUAAUUUUAAACAGAGUGUCCAUCGGAGUCCAGACUCGUCUGGACCUGAACCCAGCUGUGUGUCCCUGAAGAGUGAUGACUCAAGAGACAUAUGGACUAAUUUUAAACAGAGUGUCCAUCGGAGUCCAGACUCGUCUGGACCUGAACCCAGCUGUGUGUCCCUGAAGAGUGAUGACUCAAGAGACAUAUGGACUAAUUUUAAACAGAGGAUCCAUCAGAGUCCAGACCCGUCUGGACCUGAACCCAGCUGUGUGUCCCUGAACAGUGACUGGUCCAUGGGUCUUCCUCCUGUUUUUAAAGGACAGCAUCCCUCUGCUGGACAGACAGUGAGGCAACAGAGCUCAGAGGUUCUCAGGGUUCCAUCUGCUCAGCAUCAUCAAAGACGCCUGAACCACAUGUUUACGAACAUCGAGGAGAACAUGGGGAUGUUUAUGAAAAAAGAGCUGAAGAUGAUCCAGAAGGUUCUCCUGACAAAUGAUGCAGAAUACUUGGAGAGUCAGAGUGAGGAUGAGGAGCAGAGGAGCAUCCGACUGGUUUUCCUGGACCUCACAGUGGCCUUCAUGAGGAACAUGAAUUAUGAUGAGCUGGCUGACUGUCUGCAGAGCAGAACUCGUGCUGAAGUUUGUCGUCAUAAAUUCAAAUCUGAGGUGAAGCAGAAGUUUGAGCGUGUGUUUGAGGGGAUCUCUAAAGCAGGAAAGACGACUCUUCUGAAGGAGAUCUACACAGAGCUCUACAUCACAGAGGGCUGGACUUCAGAGGUCAACCAGGAACAUGAGGUCAGACAGAUUGAAGCAGCAUCCAGGAAAACAGACACACCACAAAGAACCAUCGCAUGUGAAGACAUCUUUAAAGCCUCAGCUGACACUCAGCCACCAAUCAGAACAGUGCUGACAAAGGGCGUGGCCGGCAUCGGGAAAACAGUCUUAACACAGAAGUGGACUCUGGACUGGGCUGAAGGACGAACCAACCAGGACUUCCACUUCAUAUUUCCAUUCACUUUCAGAGAGCUGAAUGUGCUGAAAGAGAAGAAGUUCAGCUUGGUGGAACUUGUUCAUCACUUCUUUCCUGAAACCAAAGAAGCAGGAAUCUGCAGCUUCCAGCACUUCCAGGUCUUGAUCAUCUUGGACGGUCUGGAUGAGUGUCGCCUCCCUCUGGACUUCCACAGCAAUGACAUCCUGACUGAUGUCACAGAGUCAAGCUCAGUGGAUGUUCUGCUGACAAACCUCAUCAGGAGGAACCUGUUUCCCUCUGCUCGCCUCUGGAUCACCACACGACCUGCAGCAGCCAAUCAGAUCCCUCCUGAGUGUGUGGACAUGGUGACAGAGGUCAGAGGCUUCACUGACCCUCAGAAGGAGGAGUACUUCAGGAAGAGAUUCAGAGAUGAGGAGCAGUCCAGAAGAAUCAUCUCCCACGUGAAGACAUCACGAAGUCUCCACAUCAUGUGUCACAUCCCAGUCUUCUGCUGGAUCACUGCUACAGUUCUGGAGGACGUGUUGGACACCAGACACACACCAGAGCUGCCAGAGACCCUGACUGAGAUAUACAUCUACUUCCUGUUGGUUCAGUCCAGAGUGAAGAAGAUCAAGUAUGAUGGAGGAGCUGAGACAGAUCCACUGUGGAAUCAAGAGAACAGGGAGAUGAUUGUGUCUCUAGGAAAACUGGCUUUUGAGCAGCUGCAGAAAGGGAACCUGAUCUUCUAUGAAGAGGACCUGACAGAGUGUGGCAUCGAUAUCAGAGCAGCCUCAGUGUACUCAGGAGUCUUCACACAGAUCUUUAAAGAGGAGAGAGGACUCUACCAGGACAAGGUCUUCUGCUUCGUCCAUCUGAGUGUUCAGGAGUUUGUGGCUGCUCUUUAUGUCCAUCUGACCUUCAUCCAGUCUGGAGUCAAUCUGCUGUCCAUAAAACAAACAACAUCCAGAAAAAUUAAAAUAUUUAAACAGAAACCUGAACUAACAUCUCUCCAUCAGAGUGCUGUGGACGAGGCCUUACAGAGUCCAAAUGGACACCUGGACUUGUUCCUGUGCUUCCUUCUGGGUCUUUCCCUGCAGACCAAUCAGACUCUCCUACGAGGCCUGAUGACACAGACAGACAGAAUCUCAGAGACCAAUCAGGAGACAGUCAAGUACAUCAAGAAGAAGCUCAAUAAGAAACUGUCUGCAGAGAGAAACAUCAAUCUGAUCCACUGUCUGAAUGAACUGAAGGAUUGUUCUCUACUGGAUCAGAUCCAACAGCUCCUGAACUCUGGACGUCUCUCUGAACGCGGUCUGUCUGGUUCUUACUUAUCAGCUCUGGCCUUCAUCUUACUGUCCUCAGAUCAACACCUGGACGUGUUUGACCUGAAGAAAUAUGAACCUUCACAUGAGGCUCUUCUGCUGCUGCUGCCAGUGAUCAAAGAAUCUAAAAAAGUUUUGUUAUCUGGCUGUAAUCUGUCAGAGAGAAGCUGUGAAGUUCUGUCUUCAGUUCUCAGCUCUCAGUCCUCCAGUCUGACAGAACUGGACCAGAGUCAGAACCGGCUGCAGGAUUCAGGAGUGAAGCUGCUGUCUGCUGGACUGGAGAGUCCACACUGUCACCUGGAGACUCUCAGGCUGUCAGGCUGUCUGAUCACACAUGAAGGCUGUGCUUCUCUGGCCUCAGCUCUGACCUCCAACCCCUCCCAUCUCAGAGAGCUGGACCUGAGCUACAACCAUCCAGGAGACUCGGUCAAGCUGCUGGAUCCACUCCGGACUCUGGACUCUCUCAGGGUGGAUCCUGGUGGAGUCCGAUGGCUGAGACCAGGUCUGAGGAAGUAUUUCUCUGAACUCUUUCUGGAUCCAAACUCAGCGAACAGAAAACUCAAACUGUCCGAAAACGACACAAAGGUGGAACGUGUGGAAGAGGAUCAAUCAUAUCCUGAUGAUCCAGACAGAUUUGACCUUUGCCCUCAGGUCCUGUCUUCAACUGGUCUGACUGGUCGCUGUUACUUGGAGGUCGAGUGGAGACGAGGCGUUUGUAUAUCAGUGACUUACAGAAGAAUCAGAAGGAAAGGAGACACUUUGGACUGUGUCUUUGGAUGUAAUGAUCAGUCCUGGAGUCUGAUCUGCUCCGAUGGUCUUCGUUACUCUGUCUGUCACAAUAACAGACGAACACUCCUUCCUCGCUGCCCUUCCUCUCACAGGGUCUCGGUGUUUGUGGACUGUCCUGCUGGCACUCUGUCCUUCUAUGAAGUCUCCUCUGACUCUCUGAUCCACCUCCACACCUUCUGCUGCACGUUCACUGACCCUCUGUAUGCUGGGUUCAGGUUGGGGCUUGGGGACCUCUUCCGUUUAGUGUCCAGGUUUGUGUUUGGGCCUGGUUCUGUUUCCUCUGCGUCUCUGUGUGGACUGUAGGACAGAGAGUCUCCUCCUGUGGACUUGAUCUCUAACAUGAGCGUUUGUACAGUAAAUGUCCAGCGGGUUUGAUUUUGAAGUCUGUGGUUGUAAAUUUGCCUGUAAACUAACAUGAUCGACUGUUUGUUUGUUCAAAGAAGCAAACAAUAAACAGAGUCCACUUAUUGUGAGCAUGUGUAAACAGAAUAAAUCAACAUAUUGAUCAGGUAUCUAUCACACAGUCUGAAAUACUCAAGUUACUUACAUUCAUUUAUCUUCAGUUAAUCAGUUCCUAACAGCUCCUUCAGUCAGUCGUGCCGUUUGGGUUUUUGAUGACUGAUAUCAUGUUAAACUGAAUGUUCAUGUUUGUGAAUCACAUGUUUGAUCACUUUAAAUUUGAAUUAAAAUAAAACUCAAACCUUCAUGUAAGAAAUCACAAAUAGUCAGUUACACUUUUUGUCCAACUUGUCCUUUUUCUGGUGUUGAGC